AUGGAUUCCAGUACCAUCUACACGCCUUUGAAUAAAGAAAGGGAGCAGAUCCGGAUCCUGUUACUACUGCCCGGAGCAUUUGACGACCCUCUACGGUGUGACUUAUCAAUCGAAUCAACAAAAGCCAGAUUCGAGGCUCUAUCCUAUGUCUGGGGAGAUGCGACGAGUACAUUGUCUAUCGAGGUUCGAGCACAAGAGAUGCAAGUCACCAAAAAUUUGGAAGACACUUUAAGACAUAUAAGAUGUCAGAAUGAGAUCCGUCGUUUGUGGGUUGAUGCAGUAUGCAUCAAUCAAAAGGAUGAUCUUGAACGAAAUCAUCAAGUAGGAAUGAUGGAUGCAAUCUACGGGCGAGCAGAACGUGUCGUAGUAUGGCUAGGCCAAGAAGAGCAGACCGAACUACGGGCUCUUCAAGCAAUCCAGCACUUCGGAACGAAUCCUGAUUUACACUGGGAUCCGGCAAAGGGUAAGAGCACCGAAAAGAGCGUCGAAACUCCAACACUCCAGCUAUUAAUAUGGUUACAAAAAACCUGGUACACACGCAUCUGGACAUUACAGGAAGCCGCUCUCGCAAAAUCACUCACUUAUAUAUGCGGAUCCUUUAUUUUUGAAAACGGAGAGAUAGACGGCGUUGUAAAAAGCUUUCUGCGUCACUUUAGCAUUGAUAGUUGUUGUGACAUGAUGAACAUCGAGGGGAAAUAUGGAAUUGGAAAUAUGGAUGUUGAAUUGGCUAUUCCUUUGCGAAGACUAGCGAACGUAACUAGGCUUCAAAAUAAGAGGAGCCGAUCAAAGUUCCUUGAUAUUGCGUCUAUGUUCCGCUAUCGUCAAGCUACGGACCCCCGAGACAAAGUCUUCGGGGUUUUAGGCCUAAUAGAUGAUCUACCCAAAGAUAUCAUCGACUACACAAAGAGUGUCCCUGAGAUUUAUUCGUCGGCUACUAUCGAAUAUAUCAAAAAUCAGCAGAGGCAACCUGGCGGGCCUGCCGAUGACGACGUCGAGGCUCAGGGAGCUCGUCACUCAAAUGGAGCCAAUUAUAGCAGUGGACAACAAGGUGGGGAGCGUUCCGUUCCGGCUGCGCCUACUAGCGAGCACAUCAAGUUCGGGGAUGCUCGCCUGAAUGUUCCGGUUAAAAGUUCGGACUUGAACGAAUAUGAUGCGCUCGAUCGGUUUAUCACGAACUUCGAUGUGGAGCGCCGGGCCAGCCUCGCGAGUGUGAUGGGCGGGCGACGUAAGAAGCCAAAAUGGUGGCAGUUCUGGAAAUCUAAAAAAGGCGAACCAGAGGCAGGGCCCGAGCCUGCCGACAUUGGCAAGCCACCGGAUUCAUGGCUCGACACAGACAUCCAGACCGGUCUGACCAGCGCCCAGGUGGAGGAGCACCGGAGACGAUAUGGCUGGAACGAGCUGGUGUCUGAAAAGGAAAACAUGUUCGCCAAGGUGCUCAGUUACUUCCAAGGACCCAUCCUUUAUGUUAUGGAACUUGCGGCUUUACUAGCUGUGGGCCUUGGCGACUGGAUUGACUUUGGUGUUAUCAUCGGCAUCCUCUGCCUUAACGCCUUCGUUGGCUUUUAUCAAGAAAAACAAGCGGCUGACGUGGUGGCGAGCUUGAAGGGUGAUAUUGCCAUGAAAGCGAUUGUUAUACGUGACGGUAAGGAAGAGCAAAUCUUAGCAAGAGAAUUAGUUCCAGGUGAUAUUAUAAUCAUACAAGAAGGACAAACCGUCCCAGGAGAUGCCCGGUUAAUUUGUGACUACUCCAGGCCUCACGACUUCGAGCAGUUUAAAGAACUGAGAAACGAAGACAAGUUUAGCGAGGAGGAAGAAAGCAAGAAUAACAAGAAUAACAAGAACAAAGACCAAAAGGCCAAGGAUCAAGAGAAGAAUAACGAAGAAGACGAUGAAGAGUCAAUUCAUUAUGGCGAGCCCCUCGUCGCCUGUGACCAGUCAGCCAUUACCGGUGAAUCCCUCGCCGUGGACAAAUACAUGGGCGAUAUCCUGUACUAUACAACCGGUUGCAAGCGAGGAAAAGCAUUUGCUAUCAUGACCACAUCUGCCAAGUACUCUUUUGUUGGACGAACCGCAGCUCUAGUCCAAGGUGCCAAAGACCAAGGUCAUUUUAAAGCUGUCAUGGACAGCAUUGGGACGUCGCUAUUGGUGCUUGUUAUGUUUUGGAUUCUCGUCGCCUGGAUCGGGGGCUUCUUCCACCACCUACGAAUUGCUACACCCGAUAUCCAAAAUCUAUUGCAUUACACCUUGGUGCUGCUCAUUAUUGGGGUUCCCGUCGGUCUUCCAGUGGUCACGACAACAACACUUGCAGUGGGCGCAGCCUAUCUAGCGAAGCAAAAAGCUAUCGUCCAGAAGCUAACGGCUAUCGAAUCCUUAGCAGGCGUAAAUGUGCUCUGUUCAGAUAAGACUGGCACCUUGACAGCUAAUAAGCUCAGCAUUCGCGAGCCAUUCGUCGCCGAAGGACAAGAUGUAAACUGGAUGAUGGCCGUUGCAGCACUAGCGAGCUCGCACAACAUCGCCUCGCUUGACCCCAUAGACAAGGUAACAAUCACAACGCUCAAACGCUAUCCCAAAGCCCGCGAGAUCCUGCGCGAAGGCUGGGUAACAGACAAAUUCACCCCCUUCGACCCGGUCUCCAAGCGUAUUACUACAGAGUGCCACCUAGGAAAUGACCGGUUCAUCUGCGCCAAAGGGGCGCCUCGCGCCAUCGUCAACCUCGCCAACGUCAGCGACGAGGUACGCGCCAUGUACAACCAGAAAGCGCGAGAAUUCGCCCUGCGCGGGUUCAGAUCGCUAGGCGUAGCGUACAAGAAGAACAACGAGCCCUGGGUCCUCCUGGGACUACUAUCCAUGUUCGACCCGCCGCGCGAAGAUACGGCACAGACGAUUAUCGAAGCGGCGCACUUGGGCGUGCCGGUCAAGAUGUUGACGGGCGAUGCUAUUGCGAUUGCGAAGGAGACGUGCAAGAUGCUGGGGCUAGGCACCAAGGUGUAUAAUUCCGAGAAGCUUAUACAUAGCGGCUUGACGGGGACUGUUCAGCAUGACCUUGUGCAGCGCGCUGAUGGGUUUGCGGAGGUUUUCCCGGAGCAUAAGUAUCAGGUUGUUGAGAUGUUGCAGCAGCGUGGCUCGCUAACGGCGAUGACGGGGGAUGGUGUGAACGAUGCACCUUCUUUGAAGAAGGCUGAUUGUGGAAUUGCCGUCGAGGGAUCAUCUGAGGCUGCCCAGGCAGCGGCUGAUAUUGUCUUCCUGGCCCCAGGUCUCAGCACUAUCAUACUGUCGAUCAAGACUUCUCGCCAGAUUUUCCAAAGGAUGAAAGCAUAUGUUCAAUACCGUAUCGCAUUAUGUCUCCACCUCGAGAUAUACCUAACGACGUCAAUGGUAAUCAUCAACGAGACCAUCCGUCCAGAUCUCAUCGUGUUCAUUGCGCUAUUCGCCGAUCUAGCCACCGUCGCCGUCGCAUAUGACAACGCUCACGUGGAGCCGCGCCCCGUAGAAUGGCAGCUAAAGAAGAUCUGGGUGAUCAGCGUGAUCCUGGGAAGCCUGUUGGCCGCUGGCACUUGGAUUAUUCGAGGCACUAUGUUCCUGACUAACGGGGGCGUAGUACAGAACUUUGGCUCAAUACAGGAGGUUCUGUUCCUGGAAGUCGCACUGACUGAGAACUGGCUCAUCUUCGUGACUCGCGGCGGUCAGACCUGGCCCUCAUGGCAGCUAGUCGGCGCUAUCCUCGGCGUCGACGCCCUCGCCACUAUCUUCACCCUCUUCGGCUGGCUAUCUGGUAGUGGCGGUGGCGUAAUGGAGACCACGCCGCAUACAUCGUUUGUCAACUCUCACAACGGCUGGACUGACAUCGUGACCGUUGUCGUCAUCUGGGCAUACUCUAUCGGCGUACUUAUAUUCAUUGCCAUCGUGUACCUCGCGCUCAACAGCUUCUCAUGGAUCAACAACCUCGGGCGCAAGGACCGCAACAAGAAGGACACGCAGAUCGAAAAUAUCAUCGGCCAUAUCAACAAGCUUGCUAUUGAGCAUGAGCUGGACCCAAAGACUGGUCGCGAUAAGUACUUCAUCGUGGAGAAGGAGGCUGCUGAUGAAGAAGAUAUAUGA